AUGGCAUCGUCCGUGCAAGCUCUCCUGGGGCAAAAUUUGCCUCCCGCUAUAUUUAUCAGUGUAGAGGGCAUCUCGCCUAGUCUUUCUCGUAAAGAAUGGGCUCGUGAUUUUCGUGGGAUCGGCGCGGGCUGUCACUCGGAUGAACAGACUAUAGAAGAAAGACUUAGCUCGCUGUACGACGGGCAGCAUGAUUUCACGGAGACCAUCCGGCUACAACGGCCUGUCAACAAUCUCAGCGAGCCUUAUGAGCUCAUCGAGCACGAAGCCGACAACCACUUUAUCGCCAUCCGUGAGCGGUCACAGGCGGGUCCACCUAGGCGGACCAGUGAAAGCAAAACUAUUAACCACUACUUUUCGUGGGCUAUCGGAGAUACUGAACGGUGUCUCUGCGCCGGCGAAGAAAUGCGCGACAUUUCUAAGAGGCUGGGCAAGGAAAUAAGAGGGUACGCCUUCAAGUAUGAUUGCCCCCAGGAGCGCGAUAAAAUCAAGAGCGCAGAUUAUGAGGUCGAUACUUGGCUAAUCCCACGAUCCAGACGUGAUGGUGAUCAAUCAACGAUGCGCUGGGCGUUCUACAACAUGGUAUGGAGGGGUUGGAUGCGCCUUGUCGGCCAGCUGUCGGCGGCGAUCCCAGUCCAGCUUGGAUCCUAUCGUCGGGAAUUCGAAUACUGGUCCGGCCGCCCUGUUUGGAGGAACGUACAUGAUCGAAGGGAUAAGAGGUAUUCGCAUCCGGAUGGCUACCAGCGUAUAUAUGAUGCCGCUCAGCGGAUGUAUUAUUAGGUCGACCUGGAUGGUACACCGGUU